UGAUUUAAAUGUCAACCAAAUAACACAAAAACAUACUAUUUCUAUUUCUUUAUUCAAAAUUCAAGCACCAUACGUGUUGUUUCAGCCAAACAUUUGUUUUAAUUUCUCAUAUUUUACUUGCAUUUCUGACAUCUCUCGAGUGCUGAAAAUGGUUUACUUAAGUCAUCCUUGGACUCCCGCCGUAAACCCCUUCUACAUUGGCCCCUAUCCGAGAUGCGCAGUUUGCCCGUGUGACUUCGACAUUUAUAAAGGAUACACCCCCGGAGGCUGGCAUAGUCGUUGCUAUAGCAGCUAUUGACGACAAGUACCCAAAUGCACGAAAAUGCAAGAAUAAUUUGGGAAAAAAAUCUGAAUGAACUUCGACGCCGCACACCGGUUCACCUCUCAUACAGAUAUUUGCAACAAAAAUAAAAUUGAUUCACCAUCAA